UACUAACGCGAUCGCGAACGCAUCCCUUUUUGUUUAUUUUUCGCGCGCGUCCUUCGGGCCGCUCUGUAUUUCUGAGCCGCGAGACGAAGAAAAAAAGGAGGCGGAUGGAUCAAGCGACCGGAGAAGAUUGGUGCAGGCCGCACGGAUAACACCGGCCAGCCUCCCCCACCGCCACAAGCUACUACUAUUGAACAAAAUUAACCAAAAGCCACAAAAGCCUCAAACCAAAGCCUCCAGUCAUAUCUUUCGUUUCAAAAAUUUAAUAUAAGCACUAUUUUUUAAAACCUUUUUAACGAUUAACUUUACGCAAAUAGUAUACGCUAACUCCCAAACAGUACAAAUUAAUUUAAGUCUGAAUCGAUCGGUAUUUACAAUAAAAAAAGAAGCCUUGAAGAAAAGAAAAAAAUUUAAAAAGUAUCUAUCAACGACCAGUAUUUUAACGUUCCAAAAUAACAUAAAUCGUUUAACGACUGCACAAAAUAUUUUAUUGAUAGUUAACGAUUAAAAACAAAAAAAAAAACGAACCAAUUCCUCGAGCAUUUUCUAAAAAAAAGUCAGCCAAAGAUUUUUAUAAACUGUAGAAUUUAAGACUAAGUUAAUCGCCUGUUGUUAAGUACUUUUUACAUUAUUUAUUUCAUAGUGACAAAUCGAAGAUAUUGUGAUUAGUGUAGUGUCAACCGGUGUGCCGUAUAAUCGUAACGUAAGUGCUAUUUAGUAUAACGCGGACAAACGAAACCAGUUCAAAGAGUACAAAUUAUCAAGUUCCAGUUGAGUUCCGAGUGUUCAGUACAACGUAAAUAGACUUAGUAGAGCUUAUAUUUGUUAAGGAUAACAGUGAGUAAGAGACGCGAUGAAGUUGCGUCGAGGCAACACGUCAUGAGCGAAGCGCUCGGGAGCGAGGCGGGCGCGGAUAAUCCGCAUUUGCCGCCCUUCUCCACGUUCGUGGGCGAUAUGGAAAACGAGCAGCGCAUCCUCACGGCCGACGCGCGCCUGCUCGACCCGGCCUGGGAGUACUACGAGCGCACCGGCGACACGGUCUCCGUGAUCGCCAGCCAGCCGCAGUACCGCCCGUGGGAAUCCAUGCCUAUCACGGUCAACUCCAAGGAUGCAAUACUGAGGGCUGGGUUCUCAUCUCCCCUCGAGUAUCAGUCGAUCACGCUACAGCCCAUACCGAACAAGCUACCGUCCUUUCAGAGCCAGUUCCAAACAUUUCCAGAAACCACAGUCAUACCUGAAACGGGGCUGCCGAGUGUGACGCCAGUACCUGUCACGAGCAGCCCCACACCCAGCGCGAGCCCUAGUCACUUAACCCAGCUCACGCAACUCACGCCAUCGUCUCCAGCCCACCUAACCACAUUAGCCCAAGUGACACCAUUGUCAACAACUUUGACGACUCUGUCACCAGUAAACGCAACAACAUUCCAUACUUUAACCGCAGUAAACGCACGAAGUUAUCCCAUAGUUCCAGCGCCCUUACAAGCGAGAGAACUAGCACCAGCCGGCCAGGCUUACAUAGAUGACCGGCAUAUACAGCUGUACCAGCCAAAUAUCGCGACAAUAAACGCAUUCCCCACACAAAAUGGCAUCCUACAUCAAAAUGGGACGUUGCUUCACCAAAACGGAAGUUUAAUACAGAAUAUACAAAGUCCGACAGUAGUUCACGUGUUAAAAAACGAGCCUUUUGACGUGAAGGCUUUGCAAGACAAAUAUACGCCGAAUGGAUUACAUCACCCCAAUUUCCAAAAUCACAUGUUGAUCGACAAUGGGUAUGAUAAGAAAAGCAACGGGUUCGGUAGUGCAUCAUCGCCGACCCGGUCAGAUUUCCGGAAAAAGGAGCGACGGAAAAUGCGUGCAAAUAGUUCGGAGUCUGAUGGAUCCAAUAUGGAAGUAGGGUCGGAGAGUAGUGGCCAGGUCGCAGCCGUGUCGUCGACUGCUGGGUUUAAGUCUCCGAUGCACGGCGCGCUGCCCAUGGCCACUGGACCGAUGGAGCUAGACGACAUUUCCAGUGAAAAACAGACUAAGAAGAAGAGAAAACGAUGCGGCGAAUGCAUAGGCUGCCAAAGAAAAGACAACUGCGGCGACUGCGCGCCGUGCCGGAACGACAAAUCGCAUCAGAUAUGUAAGCAGAGAAGAUGUGAGAAGUUAACGGAGAAGAAGACAACAUCCAGGCAACUUAAGAAAAUUAAAGAAUUUAAGAGACUUCAAAAAGGAAAGAGGAAAAACUUAGGGUCCGUUUAG